AUGAAUGUCAAAACAUUCUGGAUGGGCUUCGUUAUGCGUGUUCUUCAAGGUUUCAUGCUAGGUGCUUUCUCAGCUCUUGGCCCACUUCUUCUUCUCGAAGUUGCUCCAGCAGAACAAACAGGCCUCUACGGUACAUUCAACCAGAUCUUCAUUGUCAUUGGUAUUAUCAUUCUUUAUCUCAUUGGUGAAUACGCAAUGCCAUUCGUAAUGUGUAUUUACGCCGCUGUUUCUCAUGGUCUUCAACUAGGUCUCAUUUGGCUUAUCCCAGAAACAGCUAUUCAUCAGGAAGAAAACAAAGAAGAAAAUGAUGCUCAAGAAACUGAGAAGGAGUCAAUUUUCCAAGCCAAGUACAUCUGGCCCCUUACAGUUCUCAUCCUCAUCAUGCUCACUCAGCAAUUCUCAGGCAUCAAUGCUAUUCUUGCCGAUCUCUCCACGCUCUUCGCAAAUGCUAAUAUCCAAGGAAUUUCCCCUGGUAUCCAGUCAGUUAUUGCUACUCUUGCUCAGCUUAUUGCCUGCUUCUUCUCUGGUGGUCUAAUCAAGAAGGUUGGUCGUCGUGCUAUGUGGACAGUCUCUGGCAUUGUUUGCGCUGCAUCACUCAUCAUCUUUGGCUUCAAUUCUAAGAAUAAUUGGUCCAAUGUUCUCCCAGUUGUCCUUAUCUUCCUCUAUCAGUUCGGUUUCGGCCUUGGACUUGCUCCAAUGCCAUGGUACUCAUCUCCAGAACUCUUCCCACUUUCUGUCCGCCCAAUGGCAUCUUCUAUCAAUGGUAUGACAUCAUGGCUCUUCUCAUUCAUCAUUGUCUAUGCUUCCCCAGCGAUGAAGGAGUCAAAGAUGGGAGAACUUGGUCUCUUCCUCUUCUACGGUAUCAUCACAAUCGCUGGUACAAUCUUCGGAUUUUGGUUCAUCAAAGAGCCACAAGAUGACAAGGCUGAGUCUCUUGAUAACGAAGACGAUGUCAAGAAUUAA